GCAUUCGAGUGCUGAUAGAGGGGACCUGGAAACCAGAGAUUUUCUAAUCAUUGAUAAAAUAAAAAAAGAACGAAAAGGGAGCUGUCAAGCAUGACGAUCGAGCGACCCUUGGCAAUGCAGGCCCUGGUCAUGAUCCCAGUCACCUCCUUGAUUAUUGGCCCCCAAUUCCGCCAAUGCGUGCACAACACAUAGUCUGGAGGGGUCGCAUCUGCUGUGCGCGAUUGAUUGAUAUAUCGAGCUGACAUGCAAUCGCCCGUGGGUUUCAUCGCGCAGUAUCACACCACUAGUUCGACGCUCUAUGAAGAUGGCCGAAAAUAAGUUGUCUGCUGCGUUGCAAGCUCUUCAGUUAGACCCAUCAGAGCAAUCAAAAUCUCGCAAGGCUCAGUUUCAUCCUCGGAGAGCCGGUCAUAGUUCUGCGGAGCCAACGAAACAUGGCCGAAAACACGAGGGAGUGAACAAUCCGGAAGAGCAAAAGCGACCGGGCAAUAAUUCAUCCUCUGGCUCUACGAGACAAAGUAAAGCUCAAGCAGAUCAUUCAGCUACAGAUCAUCUCGAUAGUCAAUCUGAAACACCUGGGAAAUCGGCCAAACAUCGGUCUCGACGCCGGGGCAAACCCCGACGAAAUACUAGUGACAAGCCAGCUCCCACGACAGGUCGAUCGUCCAUCGAUCACAAAGAUGACAGUCAAGAACACCAAAGUCUGUCUCAGAUAUAUGUCGUUCAAAAAAUGCGCCCAUCGGAGGAGGUGAUCGGGGUCUAUUGCCAACUGCAACGGGCAAAUGACCGAGCGACAGAAUAUCUUCACACAAAACACGGCAUCUCAGCGCGUGAGAUCUCUGACUGUCGGGGUAUCUUCGAUCGGAAAGAUCGGAACGUUGCAAUAGGAAAAGCCACGAAACGAGUUUGGGCCACUGGUGCAGUGGAGCUUCUAACUCGCGGCGGCCAGUCGUGGAUUCGAGUUCUACCCAAGGAAUGGAAAGCUGCUGGACAAAGUGGUAGGCCAGAAGUGGUCUAUCUUGCUCUGGACGAGUGCAAGGGUCUCUUCGUUGUCGGGGCAUAUGCGACCAUGGAAGAGGCCUGGGAGGGAUGCAGAAAGUACUGGAUGGCGCUGGCUGUCUGUGCUCCUCUUGAGAAUAUGAAAGAGUCAAGGGAUAGUCAAGAUGUGCCUCAUGCUCGGGCACGCACUAUGGGGAAGAAUCAUCAUUGGUUUGUUCGGCGAUAUGAUGCUCAGUAAACAGACUUGACUAAAUGUCUCUAAAUGCGUCUCAUUACCAUAAGUGAUCGUCUCA